AUGCCACCAAAACUGCCACCAAAGCCGCGGCCCGUCACAGCUAAAGCGCUGCAAGCCCUUCUCACACGCAUCGGAUCGGCCUCAUCAGGGACCAAGGAUGUACUUCACGAACGCUUUCAACGCGACGUGGCGCACUCACGUCUGUUCGCCCUGCGCCCAGAAUGGCAAGCUCGACAGAAAAAGAAACAUGGCAGACAACUCCGCAUUCUCAGCAUCGACAUGGGCAUCAAGAACCUCGCCUUCUGCGAUGUCUCCGUCGAUUACAAAAAUGGAAACGCCACGAAUCCCACUAUGGAUAUAAUGAGAUGGGACAAGAUCAAUCUCGUAGACGCGACGAGGGACUUGCGGCGUCCUGGACUCCAAGCUAAGGACCACGCUAAAGAUGCUGAAGAUGUGGAUCCAUACUCACUCCCAGUAUUAUCACGAACAGCGUACUGGUUCAUCAAGCAAGAAGUGCUAGCAGUCGCCCCAGACAUUAUCCUCAUCGAGAGCCAGCGCUGGCGCUCAGCUGGCAGCGCGGCAAUCCUGCAAUGGACAGUGCGUGUUAACACACUCGAAGCGAUGCUAUGGGCUGUACUAGAAACUUUGCGCACAGAACGUCUAACAUCCCCGUCCAAAAUCAAAAACGAAGAAUCUUGCAAGCUGGAUUUUGAAGUCUAUGGCGUCGAUCCAAAGCGCGUAGGCCAGUUCUGGCUCGCACAGCACGCGCGCGCUCGAGCGGAGGAUCUGGAUCAGGCAGUCGAGGCGCUGGCUUUGGAAGAUACUCCCCCAACCACCAAGGCCGCAACGAAAAAGAUUCCGCGCAGCAAGGCGGAAAAGAAAGCAAAGAUUGCUCUGCUGCGCUCGUGGCUGUCUAUAGAGCCGGCGUCGACUGCAUCUUCAACGCCAGAUUCUUCACCGGUCAUAUCGAUUAAUAUUGGUCCUGCUGCCGUUAUGGCGAGGGAGGCUCUUCGCUUGCCUGCCCCGGGGAAGGAGGAGAAGACGAAGAACACGAAGAGUAGUGAAGAGGGUAAGGAUAUAAAGAAACUCGAUGAUAUCACGGAUUGCUGCUUGCAGGCUGCGGCAUGGAUUGCGUGGGAGUCGAAUCGAUUGCAACUUUACAACGUUUGGGACGCGAAGAGGGGGAAGGAUAAAAAUCUGACCGAGCUGGAUGACGGUAUUCUCAGAGACAUGGUUGAGGUAGCUGGCGAGUGA